AUAUACGCCUGUGGGGCGUUCCUUUUUCUCAGCUCCAGAAGGAUAUGACCACCCUCUGGGAGGGGGCAGGGAAGUAUGGUUUGGAUUCCAUCAAUCUGUUCGACCUGCCAUGUGGAAAAUGAUGCUUAAUAUCGAUGAAAGAGACCUCUGGCAGCAGUGUGGAGAAUAGAUAGAGGAGAAAAAAACUAAUCUGAGAAGCCAGUUAGGAGGCUUUUCAAUCACUAGUUCAGGUUUCAAUCUACAUGUUACUUCCUUGAGAAGCAUUGUUUGACAGACACCCUUCUCCCCCCAUCCAGCCAUCCCCCAAGUCUGAUUUCUGCCACUGCCUUCUACAAAGCACAACCUGUAAUUCAGUUCAUGUGUGAAGUUCUUGAUAUUCACAAUAUUGAUGAACAACCAAGACCUCUGACUGAUUCUCACCGGGUAAAAUUCACCAAAGAGAUAAAAGAUUAUUUUCAGCUUGUGGUUUGAAUGAAGCAUUCAAGUUUAUUCACUGAACAUCUUUCAGUUCCCCAAAUCAAUUAGAGUAGCUGAAUACAUCCUGCUUGCUCCAGUAAUCAUUCAUUCUUUGCCAUUCAGAAACCAGGAAAAAGAUAGUCAUUGCAAUAAAACAUUAAAAGGAAAAUUCUUCCUGCUUUGAAAAUAAGCAUCCAUUUUUCUCAAAUUAUAUAAGUGCUGAAAUAAGAAACUGUUAAAUAUAACUAUUUUGUAACCAUACCAUUGUCCUUUCAUAAUCUGUAUUAACUGCACAGUUAGCCUUGUCAGGAGGUUAGUGCAUUACCUGCCAUUAUAUAUGUGAUCAUCUAAAUGCCAUGGUUUCCAGUGGAGUUGCUGCUUAGUUACCACCUCUGAUAUCAUGAAGUCACUUACAUUAUUUUGCGGUAACUAUGCAAUCAACUCAUAUCACCACUCUAUCACAGAAAAUACAAGAUCUGUACAGAACAAGGAUUCAACCGCUGCCCGGAGAGCAUGGACUCGAUCUUAACUUCAACUGCUCAGGGGCCCAAAGAAAUGACUGAAAAAAUGACUAGAAAGCAUUAUAAAGUUGAUGUUAUAGUGAAGGUCUGAAGGUUGAAGUGACUCAUUGUGGAACAAUGAGACGGAAAUACCGUGUUUGUAAUGUAACAAGAAGGCCUGCCAGUCAUCAAACCUUUCCCUUACAGCUAGAAAAUGGCCAAACUGUGGAGAGAACAGUAGCUCAGUAUUUCAGAGAAAAGUACACUCUUCAGUUGAAGUACCCACACCUUCCCUGUCUGCAAGUGGGGCAGGAGCAGAAACAUACCUACCUGCCGCUGGAAGUCUGUAAUAUUGUGGCAGGACAACGAUGUAUUAAGAAACUAACAGACAAUCAGACUUCAACUAUGAUCAAGGCAACUGCAAGAUCUGCACCAGAUAGACAAGAGGAAAUUAGCAGAUUGGUAAGAAGUGCAAAUUAUGAAACAGAUCCAUUUGUUCAGGAGUUUCAAUUUAAAGUUCGAGAUGAAAUGGCUCAUGUAACCGGACGUGUACUUCCAGCACCUAUGCUCCAGUAUGGAGGACGGAAUCGGACAGUGGCAACACCAAGCCAUGGAGUAUGGGAUAUGCGAGGAAAACAGUUCCACACAGGAGUUGAAAUCAAAAUGUGGGCUAUAGCUUGUUUUGCCACACAGAGGCAGUGCAGAGAAGAAAUUUUAAAAGGUUUCACAGACCAACUGCGUAAGAUUUCCAAGGAUGCAGGGAUGCCCAUCCAGGGCCAGCCAUGCUUCUGCAAAUACGCACAGGGCGCAGACAGUGUAGAGCCCAUGUUCCGGCACCUCAAGAAUACAUACUCUGGGUUACAGCUCAUUAUUGUCAUCCUGCCAGGAAAGACACCAGUGUAUGCGGAGGUGAAACGUGUAGGAGAUACACUUUUGGGUAUGGCUACACAGUGUGUUCAAGUGAAGAAUGUAAUAAAAACAUCUCCUCAAACUCUCUCAAAUUUGUGCCUAAAGAUUAAUGUUAAACUUGGCGGGAUAAAUAAUAUUCUUGUACCUCAUCAAAGACCUUCUGUGUUCCAGCAACCAGUGAUCUUUUUGGGAGCAGAUGUCACUCAUCCACCUGCUGGUGAUGGGAAAAAACCUUCUAUUGCUGCUGUUGUAGGUAGUAUGGAUGCCCACCCAAGCAGAUACUGUGCCACAGUAAGAGUUCAGAGACCCAGGCAGGAGAUCAUCCAGGACUUGGCAUCCAUGGUCCGAGAACUUCUCAUUCAAUUUUAUAAGUCAACUCGGUUCAAACCUACUCGUAUCAUCUUUUAUCGGGAUGGUGUUUCAGAGGGACAGUUUAGACAGGUAUUAUAUUAUGAGCUACUAGCAAUUCGAGAAGCCUGUAUCAGUUUGGAGAAAGACUAUCAACCUGGAAUAACCUAUAUCGUAGUACAGAAGAGACAUCACACUCGACUAUUUUGUGCUGAUAGGACAGAAAGGGUCGGAAGAAGUGGCAAUAUCCCAGCUGGAACGACCGUUGAUACAGACAUUACACAUCCGUAUGAGUUUGAUUUUUACCUCUGUAGCCAUGCUGGAAUACAGGGUACCAGCCGUCCUUCACACUACCAUGUUUUAUGGGAUGAUAACUGCUUUACUGCAGAUGAACUUCAGCUGCUAACUUACCAGCUCUGCCACACUUAUGUACGCUGUACACGAUCUGUUUCUAUACCUGCACCAGCGUAUUAUGCUCACCUGGUAGCAUUCAGAGCCAGAUAUCAUCUUGUGGACAAAGAACAUGACAGUGCUGAAGGAAGCCACGUUUCAGGACAGAGCAAUGGGCGAGAUCCACAAGCUCUUGCCAAGGCUGUACAGAUUCACCAAGAUACCUUACGCACAAUGUACUUUGCUUAAGUCCAAGGAAGAACUGAAAGAUGCGUCGACAUAACGUAUGUUUUGAGUGAGUUGAUUGAGUAGGGACACCUCCAGCCAUACAGAAGCCAGUGCUGUGUGGAUGUCUGCUUCUUAUGUUGAUAGAAGGAAAUUGUUUACUUCAUCGAGGAACGCAGCACCAUUAUGCAAUAUGAAACCAGCCAGCUGCUUUUUGUGCGGUCUCCUGUAGGAAGUAUCGCAAUUGUUUUGUUUUCACUUCUUAUAGUCUAACCCUUUUAAUGCCUUUACCUCAAGUUGCUUGGCAGCACAACUAUCUUUGCAAAAAAAAAAAAGUAAAGAAAAAGUAAAUGAUGGUUUAAAAACACACACCUAUACGAAUAAUCAAAAUGAUUGUUCACAACUAUGUGUGCAAAAAAAUUAAUGUGUGUUCAUAUAUUCUUGUAAAAGGAGUCUGUGUAUUUUUAAAAUAUAUACAUGUAUAUUUCAAAAGCAUAUAUAUCUGAAUCUAGAUAAUAGAUAUAUAUGUGUCUGUGUAUAUAUUUUGUAGUUCAUUCCAAUGGGGAGCUUUCUUUCCCUUUUUUUCUUCCCUUACUACCACCUUUAUUUUCCUCUCUACCUUCCUUGCCUUCUUCUACAUUUUUUUCAUUAAUGCUAUCAGUGACAUUCAGAUGUUCAUAUGAAUGAUUCAUUUGAAUGUGAAGCAUGGCAAAUUGUAGGUUUCUAUUUUAUUUUGCACACCUUAUUACCUGUCUUCUAUCUCAUACACAGUUCUGAGUCCUCAACUCUUUAUACUGCAUUUUGUAUGAGUGUGUGUCUCUCCCUCAUGCUCUGAACUUAUAUUUGCCAUUUGUGCAAUGUGUACAUAAGCAGUAGCAACCCAAAUGAUUCCUUUUCUUUAGUGAGUUUGUUGAAGUUGCUAUAAAUAUAAAACCUUGUCAGAAGUUGUCACUUUUUCUCUCUGAUAAGCGUUAUGUAAUUCUAAAACCUCCUGUUUCUAUGAGUUACACAUGAAAAUCCCUUAAAUCUUUUAUAAAUGGUAAAUAUUUUGAAAGAUUGGAACUCUGUAGGGUUGAGGCCUCUGAAAUUGUGGGGGGGGGGAGAGAAAGAGAGAGAGAAGGGAUUGUUGUGGAGGGGUGCAUUUUGUUUUUUGCUAGUUUACUUGCUGCCUCUCAUACCUUAAUGUGAUUUUCAUAUAUAUAUAUUUUUAUAUAUAUGUAUGUGUGUAUAUAUAAACAUAUAUGUAUGUGUUUUGAAGUACAGCUUCCUUUUCUUUUAUAUUUAUUAGAAUAGUGCUUUAAUAAUUAUAGAACUGUAUUGGCAACAUCUUUUAUAGAAAUAUAAUCAUGCUUAUUUUAAGAACCGACAACAUGUUUUUGCUAUCUUUUAGUGCAAUAAGCAGUUUUAAAGGACAGUUGUGUCUGUUUGACAUCUUUACAAUGGAUAGUAGGAAAAACAGGCACCUUCAUUAUUUUAAAAGGGCAAAGUAAUCCAGCCUUAAUUUCAGAAGGAAAGUUUCGUAAUUUUCAAUUUUAAUGCAUGUCUUUUAAAAUUUAUAAUGAAAACGAAGGAAGUAAAAUUAUUGAAAUGAGUCUGACCUUGAAUAUCAGAAAUAAAGUUGAACUUUGAUUUAGUGAAGAGCUUAAGAUUUAAAAGAUUUUUAAAUUAUUUGAAAAUAGAUCAUGUUUGUUGAAGAAUCAUACGGGCAAAGUACCCAUUUUACUUACUAAAAUGAAUCAGGAAUAUACAGAAUGGUAUUUUUAAAAGAUUUGUCUGCUGAUUUAUCACUAGUGUAACUUUCUUUUCAUAAUUAAGGUGAUGGUGACAAAGGAAUUUAAGACAUUGAUCAUUUUAAUGAGUUAAAAUACUGAAAUGUGAGGAAAACUUUUUACGGAACUUUUGUUUUAUUGAUUUCACUUUAAGAUACUUAAAAAGUACUAUUAAUCUUUCAAAACCAAGUUUAUCAGUAAUAUUGGAGUCAGGGGAGCUUUGCACUUUGUAACUCAUAAAAAUUGCAUUUGAGGGUUUUUUGUUUUGUUUUGUUUUUUAACACUGGUUCAAAGUAUAGGUAUUACAGAUCAUUUCCAGUGGGCAUUGGUGUUAGCCUUUCAGAAUUCCAUCUGCAUAUGAAAACUAAUGGAUUUAGACCUUUAGUUUUUCUCACACCUGUAAUCCACUAUUAUUGCCAAUUUACUGUAUUUUGAGCCUAAAAUCUGAGCCCAUGUCCUCCAACAGGCAUGAAGUCUUUUGUCCCUUUGCCAGAAAACUAAAAAAGUACUGUAUUUUGUAUGAUUAUUAUUUUGAAGUAUCUGAAAUGCAAUUUACAACACUGUUUCAAAGCACUUUACAUAAGAUAAUAUUUGUAUAGUAUAUACAUUUUUUUUCUUCAAGCCUUCUCUCAUCUUCUCCAAAAAAAUUCUUUUAAAAUGUGUUUGGGUUUUUUGUUUGUUUAAUUUUUGUUUUGUCUUGGUUUGUUUCUUGAGACAGGGUCUCACUGUGUGGCCCAGACUGGUUUCAAACCCAGAGGCUCAUGUAAUCCUCCCACCUGAGCCUUCCCAGUAGCUGGGACUACAGGUAUGCACCACACCUGGCUGUUUUUUUAUAUUGAAGUUUCAUGAAUAUAGUCAAGAACAUAGGAAAGAAAAGAAAAUAGUAUAUCCUAAAUGUAAAAACUUGGUUUAUGCUUGCUUAAUAUAAAUAAAACCAUCUUCCUUUGUCUGUGGCAUCUGUACAUAUUCAUGUGAGAGACUUUAGGGAGCAACUGUGGAUACCAUGUCCCUGUUUACUACUUUACCUAAUUUUCAGUUACUUAGGCUCACAUUGGCUAAAGUGAAGCCCUUAAUUUAAAUCUAUUUGGAAGGACUUUUUUAAGAGGAGAAAUAUUUUUUCUAAAAUAUAAAGUUUUACCUUUUGAAUGAUUUAUUUUUUAGAGUGCUCUUAAAUUAUUCAGCAUUGCUGGUUUAAGAUUCUUAACUUGGAAGAAUAUGUCUAGUAAAUUUCUAUUUUGCUUACUAAUAAGUUGGUAUACCAAACUUAAUUAUAAGAAACCUGUGCUUUGAAUUUUAAGAUAUAAGACUAAGUGGCAGUCACCUCUUGAAAACUGUUCUAGUUAUUUUUGCACUCUGGAUAGAAUUCCUAAUCUUUUCUGUUUAAAAAAAAAAAAAAACAUGAAACUCACAGUGACGUU